GCGCCUGUCACUCACUGCUCGUAUCCCUCUUUCCACCGAAACACAGGCAAAAAGAUCAUUGGCGAUGGAUUUGACCAGAUGGAUCCCGGUUCAAAUUUCACUGGAUGAAGGAGGAGGAAGAGGUUGAGAGGGUUCUGUAGACUUGGCGAGGACCGAUGGGAUGGAGAGCUAAUCUUAUUGUGUAGUUUUGGUGCACUAAAUCCGCAACUGCGCAAUCUGAUGCAGACUCAGCGUGUCUCACAAUCCCCUUCUGACUGUCCUGCGCUGCUUCUAUUGCGGUGUCUUUUGGGAGUUCCAACGUGUGGUAUUCCUGCUCAUGAGUGUCUUCUUCCUUAAAGUCCCAAGUCCAACGCAUCGUACACUCGUGGAUGGGCGUGGUUUCUGUGCAUGCUCGUAAGUUUGCAGUGGACGUGCGCAGUGGAUGUUUUUAGAAGCGGGAAAGCGUUGUGGGGUUGUGUUGGUGAAGGAGAGCUGGACGAGGAUCUUGCUGAUGAUGAUGGGUGGUGAAGUGGGAUGUUGAGACGCCAGGUUCGGCGUGAGCUUCAGAGAGAGAGAGAGAGAGAGAGAGAGAGAGAGAGAGAGAGUGUGUGCGAGAGAAAACGAGAAGGGGGUUUGUGUGGCAGAUCUGUAGGUUGAAUGACGGAGCAGCGGAGCACGGUGGACUUUGUGAGUGCCUUUCGAUGCUAGAUGAUUUGGGGUUUGAUGAGCGAAAGCGGAUAAGUGGGGUUUUAGUAGGCGCGAUGGCGACUGAAAGAAUCCGCUGUUGAAUGCAUGAAAGAGACAGGUUGGCUUGGUUUUGGAGAUUGCGAUUUAGGAUCCGGUUGCCAUUUUCAAUCGGAUUCAGGUAGCUUGCAAGGUGGGCAUUGAGAGUGAUAUCGUCUCACUUGCAAGUGGAACUAGUGCAAUAGGGUCCUACAGUUCCCACUUAUGGUUCGUAUUCUUCAGUGUGCAUCAUUUCGAUCCGAUUUUUGAAACGUGCGACAUCCAGAGGUCUCAAAGAGAAGAAGUCUAAUUGAAUUGGAUUGGACUGAAUUGGAGUUCGCAGAUGCAUGUUAGAUCUGCAGUUUGUGGGCUAGUCAGAAAGGGAUAGAGAACAAUAGAUUUGAAAGAGUUUCACCAUUUGCUAGCUGACAUGUACUCGUGGCACGGUACAUGCAAACUCUGUAGUUUCUAAGGGGACCUAGGCUAUGACGACUACAUCGAGGAAAGAGUAUCUUGGAAAGUGGAGGUCGGAGUAAUGGAGGCAUUAAGCUGCUUUUCCGCGUCUUUGUCUUCCUGCACUCGUCCAAUUACUAUAAUCUGUCGGCAUCGGAGACAGCAACUUACUUCCCCCUUGGCAUUUCAAAUACUACGUAGCAGCUGUCGAGUGAAUCCAGACUAGGUCCGGGCACGUGGAGAUCCAUUACACAUUAUAUCUGUGGUAGGUUAGCCAUCUGCUGACACUCUUGGAAGCAUUCCUCGAUAACUUGAAGUUGACGCUGCCUUCAUGUUACCAUUGUUAAUGGUUGUAGACGUGGAAAAUCAUCGAGGUGGGGUGGAGGUUGCUCCAUGUGCAACAACACGUGUAAGUAUACUUGUUACAAACAGUUUUUGUUCCUAUCUUAUCAAAAUCUAUAAAGUAUGGAAGAGGAUUCCCUGUCGGACGACGAGUUUCAUGAGACAUUUGAGGACAUCAAUUCCACGACUAGCUCAGAUAGUGGGGACGACCUGGAGAUGAGAACAUCAUCUAUGAGAGUUGCUCCUUUGGCGGAGUCAAAUCUUCAACCACAUUCGACCCCUUCGGCUUUUCAAUCCAAGUUUUCGAUUUGGAAGGAUGAUCCUAGCAGUAUACAUGAGCGAAGGCAGCGGUUCUUUAUGCAGAUGGGUUUGAAAAGUUAUAGAGACGAUAUAUCACAUGCCGAUGUUCCCGACAUUUCCGGGAGAUUCGUCACCAACGGUGAGAAGGUUGUGAAAAAAUUUCGGAAUGUGGGCGAAAAAGUCCUAUCAGGAGCUCGUACAGAGGAAUUUGUGAAGACAGACUCUGAAAAGCGUGGAGAUGAACGGAAACGUAUGGUUUCAGAAGACCGUGUGGAGGUUUCACAGCUUGGUGUAGAUUGGGCUGCAAACAUUUCUCUCAAAGGUGCCUUUGGUGUUGUCGUGGGGGAAGGGCAUACUGAAUCCAGUUCCAGAUCUUCAGGUUCUGGAUUAGCGGGGCAAAUACCAUGUGAUUGUGCUGAUUCUGUUAGUUAUGGGAUUCACAGCUUCCGUGCAAGAUUUGUAAAUAGAUCAAACCGGGGUAGCAUGCGCAAGAGUUCGGAUAGCGGUAGAUCUCUUUCGUUGGACGUUGGGUCACAAUUGGACUUAGGUUACCACCAUCGAGCAUCCAUUUCUCAUGAUGAGCUGUUACAGUUCUUCGACCCGGACUGUGGAUACCAGAACGUCAGUUCUGAUGGCUAUUAUGCCGUCGAGAACGUUAUGGAGGAGCGAUUGAAGAUUCGUGACCUGGAUAGUGGAAGGGAGUUUUUGAUGAAAAGGUUUAACAGCGAUGGGUCGCUAGAUUUGCUUCGAGAGGUUGACACGGGUAAGGAGUUAACACUGGCAGAGUUUGAGAAGACUAUAGGUACAUAUUCUCCAGUAGCACAGGUUCUCAAAAGACGAGAGCAAUUGACUGAUAGUCAUGUGAGCGUGAAGAAACCUGUAUUCAAGACUGCCAGCAAAGCUUCAGUCAUACUGAAGCGGACAAACUGGUUGAGGAAGCUGAAGGGUUUCGUUAAGUCAAGGUCAGUAGAUGGAUUGGUUGGAGGUGGAAGUGAGCGAAGUUUUGCAGAUAGUGUAGAUGAUUCAGAUACAUCUUUAGAGUUAGAAAGCAUUUCCGAGGACAUAACUCCUAGAGUCUCAAGGGGUAGUCCACUGGUAGGUAUGGAUAGAAAUGAAUCAACUACACGAGGUUUGACUCUAAUGAAUGACAUUAGCGACUCUUUUUGGAGAAGACCUCAAAAGGUGAAAGUAAAGCUGCGCCACAAAAGUUCCAAAGACCUCGGCAAUCUCCACUUGAGUCAAGAAAUUUUAGCUCACCAAGGUGCAAUAUGGACGAUGAAAUUUAGUCCUGACGGCCGCUACCUAGCCAGCGCUGGCCAAGAUCGGGUUGUCCACGUCUGGGAAGUUAUUGAUCAUCCAUUGGUGGCUGAGUCAGAUCUUUGGAGUAGUGGUCAGAAGGUUGAGAAAAGACUGGGGCGGAGGGAUGGUAGCGUUAAAGCCAAUAACGAUGGAAGCGUUAAGGCUGGACGAUGUAAAAGUUUUACUAAGUGGGAUAUUAAAGGGAAUUCUAGAAGUGGAAAUGGGACGCCCCAGAAACAGAGGUCAAGCAACUAUAGCGAGACCCAAACUCCUAACCUCCUUUGGCUCUCUGAGAAACCCACUUGCUCUUUCCGAGGUCACACAGACGAUAUCUUGGACUUGUCAUGGUCUCAAAGUCAGUUUCUUCUGUCUUCAUCGAUGGACAAAACAGUUCGCCUGUGGCACAUUUCAUACGACGUGUGUCUGCGAGUAUUCUCACACAAUGAUUAUGUUACUUGUGCACAAUUUAAUCCUGUUGAUGAUCGAUAUUUCAUUAGCGGGUCGCUUGAUGACAAAGUCAGGAUCUGGUGCAUUCCCGAUCAUCAUGUCGUUGACUGGAGUGAUCUGCAAGAAAUGGUCACAGCUGUAUGCUAUGCUCCAGAUGGAAAGUGGUGUGUCGGUUUCAGAGGGCGGUUGUUGGUUCCCACAAAGGGACCUGUCGCUUCUACAAUACCACAGAAUCGUUGUGUUGCAGGGAAUAAGUUGCAGCUGGAUGCUCAUAAAGACGUUCGUGACGAGAACAAGAAGGGAGCGGGUAAAAAGAUCACUGGAAUACGUUGUAUGCCCGGGGACCCGCAUAAAGUUCUUGUCACAUCAAAUGAUUCUUGUGUUCGUAUUUAUGAUGGCCUGGAUUUGGUUGCGAAAUACAAAGGUUUACGUAACGUCAAGAGCCAGAUUUCGUCGUCGUUUUCUUCGACAGGUGACUUCAUCAUCAGUGCCAGUGAAGACUCACGGGUCCUGGUAUGGAAUUCUAAUAAGAAAGAUAUUUCAAAUAGAUCGUCUGUCUACCGAAGAGACAAGCAACUGGCCUGUGAGGAGUUCACAUCACGCUAUGUAUCAGUCGCAAUUUCUUGGCCGGGUUCUUCAACCCACCAUAAUAGUUCACUUUCAGUUCUUGAACCUCCUGGCAAGUCAGAUAGGUUUGGGACGGCGCAGGUUACAAGUGAACCCGGAUCAUCUCCACGGCGGGAAGAGAAUGUGGUGAUUGGCACGAAGGGCCUUGGGGAGCAGUCAAAGGGCCCAUCGUAUUGCUUAAGAUCUCCUAUGAGGAUUUUUUAUGGCAGAAAAAGUAGUGUUGCCGUGGCUGACGAAUUUGCUUCAACAAAGCAAGUCGGGAGUGAUUAUGAAAAAAAACAUGAUAAUCAGCGCAAUACGUCUCAAGUAGACGUUAGCUCCAAGGUUUUUGGUCCAUCCCCUCCAUUAGACGCUCGUCAGAGUUCUCCUUCCCACAUGCAGCAGCGUUGCACAAGCUUCUUCCUUGAGAGUGGACCCAAAGGAUCUGCUACAUGGCCUGAAGAAAAACUUUCUACUUUCAAUAAACAAGUAUCUUCAACACCAACUAUGACACAGUCGGCAUCCAUUGGCAGCAGCAUGACUGCGCACAGUGGAAGGGAGGUGCAUCCUCUUGCGGACUUGGCCACUGUUUCCGCUGCCUGGGGAUUAGUUAUAGUGACUGCAGGAUUGGGAGGUAAUAUAACAACAUUUCAAAAUUACGGCUUUCCUGUCCGGCUUUGAACAUAUAACGGCGCUUGAUUUAGUGCCUCAUGCUCUUAAGCUGCUGAAUUUAACAGCAAUUAACAUCUGUUCAUAUUUUCAUAUUCUGUUGCCAUGCUACAUGCAUUGUAGAUGGUGGCUGUUCUUCUGCCGAGGAUAACAGCAAAUAUCUGCUGCUGGCCUUUGUUUUCUCUGA